AUGAGAAUAACAACAGUGUUGGCAAUAUCUACGGUAGUAUUAACUACCAGUGCACAAACAAAACCAAUUGUAUCGAAUGAUGCUCCACCAGAAACCCAAGCUGUAAAAGAUGAAGCAUCGCAAAUUUUAUUCGGUGAGCGUGGAAUUUUAACCGGAAUCUUCCGAAUGAUGGACCAACAACGCAAAGUUCAAACGGCACCACAACAUGACACAGUUGCAGCAGAUAGUAGUAAAAUUGGAAACGUUGAUUUCAAAAAAAUCGUUGACACCCUUGUAUCGGGUUCUGCUUCAAAAGGAGAGCUGGGAGAUCAUGGAACGGAGCUUCCAGAGGUGUUGGGUAUUUGCAAUCGAUUGAGUUGUGGUGAUAUCUACAAAGUCAUCGACAAGUUCAGAAAAUCAGAGAUGUUCAGUAACUUCCAAACUGCCUUGACACUGGUGAAUGAUCCGAAUGGGUGGGAAACUAUUGGAAAACUGCUCUCAAAUCCUGAACUAAUUGCUCAAUUCACUGCUGGUAGUGGAAUGGAGGAACUGUUCGGAAGCGCAUUGGGAACAGCCGAGAAAGAAAGCAAGCUCAAUAAGAACAAAAACUCAAAAAUAAUGCCGGAGGAUGGAGACUUCGGAAUCGAUUUUAGUGAAGAUGGAGAAGGGGAGAAUAUCACUAAAACUGUCGAUCCAAAAAUUGACUUCAGUGUAGAUAAAAAAGGUGGAUCUGAAGAUUACUACAGUGAAAUCGCAACAGUAGGAGAUGAUUCUGAUGAGGAAAUCAUUGUAGAUCAAACACUACCACCAUCGACCAAGAUAACCAAGUCAGCAGCAGGUUCGACUGAUUUCAAUGAAAAACUACCGCCAGUGUCUUUCUCGAUAGACGGUGCUGGUGAAGAGAAUGAAAAUGAGGAAACUGAGAGUGUAAUGGUUGCAGAGCUCCCUCCAAAACCACCAAGGCUUCUCAAGAGAAUACAUGCCGGAGGCCCAACAGACACAAAGGACGGAGUACAGCCUGCAUCCGUGACAAGAAUUUCGUUCGCUACCACAUCUUCACCCACCACGUAUUCCACUUCUACAACAUCGUUCUUCCGACCUGUGCAGACAACUAGACCUGUUAUGACAACCACUUGGCGGACAAGGAUUACAACCACCACCAAACCUACCACGACAACAACUUUAAGAAAUUACAGGAAGGAUAACGACUAUUAUGCAAUGUACUAUGAUGAUGCAGAUAAAGGAUAA